UAAAGCAAUUCUGAUGGAGCCCAUGCGAAAGGAAUCGAAAGUCCAAUAUGUCACCUACCAAAUGAUGUGUGCCGUACCUUAUCAUCUGCCCCACCCCUUUAAUCCCUAAAAGUCCCAGUGGGACUAGCGUUUGACGUAAAGCGCGACGUCCUUGUUUGCGGUUCCAGCUGGAGGAAAGAGUCAACGGAAGAGGAGAAUCCGUCUUGGUUAUUUUCUCUUCGAUUUCUGAUAUAUAAACGGAGUGAUUUGGCAUCGUACUUCAUUCAGUUCUUCUCUGUUGUUUCAUCAACUCCAAAAUCUUCUCUGGACAAUCUCCCACAGCUCACCAUCAAUAUGAGUUUUAGCCACCACUCGACUGAGUUCUUAGGUAUUUUUCUACAGAUUAAAAUGUUAGCAUUGUUUUAAAAUUUCCUUUUAAACUUUUAAAAAUGAUUCUCAACUCCAAUCACAUUUUCUAUUUACAGAUGACGAAUUUGAGAGUUCUUCGGACAGUGGCUUAUCGGUUGAAUCUUUUGAAAUUUCGAGUGAAGUUGCUGUGUUCCCGUGUGUUCCCUCAUCAAGUCAUCGGAAUUUUUCUUCCACUGGACAGUGUAGAGCUGGUUCCCAUUCAAUUUCCGUGUUAUUCCAGCAGCAAAGACAAAUCUUCCCAUCAUCAAGUCAACCAAGUUCAAGCUAACCACCGUCUCAUCAAGUGGUCGUUGCUUCCGCCGUUCACGCCGCCAGUUCCUCUUCCGGGAAGGAAUGCGAUGCCCUAUGGAUUGGAGACAUUUUGGCAGAGCGCAUUUUGCUGGUUCUUUCGCCCGUUUGUAGCCGCACACGGACAUCUGUGGACAUUGGAACCCACAGAACUUCCUCCGCUAUCCGUCGAGUGGCCGUGGCAUUCAACUUCCUUCUCUGCCAAAGCUCGGUUCCAGUGCAAGUGCAUUAGAGGAUGGACGUCGAUGAAGGGGCAGGUCUCAUUUUGGUUCCGAUCCGUCGCCAAGGCGACCAGGUCCUGUGUGAAGCGUUGUUCAAAUUAUUUGGUCAAAAAUGUAGCAUCUGCAACCAGCCAGACUCAUUCAAUGAGUCUGAAUUUCUGACUCCACUUUGGUACCCUGAAGAAAUAGAAAAUGCCAUAAGGUUUCUGGCUAGCCACGUUUCCACGUCCUAUUACGGUGAGCAAAGAAAUGCACAAGUUAUCUACAAUAUCGUUCGUAUUCGACACAGUCAAACCAGAGAAAAAUCUUUGGCGGUUCAUCACGAUCUGCCAAGCUUGUCUUUAUGGAUUGUGUAUACAUUUUCCCCACCAUUUAAUGUUUGACUUGAAAUAUUGACUGAUGACUGUAUUGUACAGAACUACAGACGUGAAUUUCAGUCUUUGCUUGCCUUUUAAAAUAUAUACUAUUUA